AUGGCAGAGGCCGUGAUGGCCGCCAGCCAGGCAAGGGUGACCACCAGGACGGGACAUUGGACAGAGGUGGCCCUGGGGCCACUGGAGCGCUUGGAGGACACGUGUGACAGAGACACUGAGUUUAUCAGUUACAUCAAGUGCCAGCUCGAAGACAUCGAGAGCACCCUGAAGUGGGCACACGAGGUGUUUCCUGAUGACCCUGAGCACUUGGUGGCCAAAGUGGCCAAGGCCGAGCAGCUGUGGGAGGCCAGCACCUGCCUGUUCACCUGUCACCUGCUGGGGACACUUGGGAACAUCCACGACCUCCUCUUGAGUCCCUGUGGUGGAGGCAGUGGCCCCGGUGGCCCUGGCAGCCACGUGGUGGCCGAGUGGUGUCCCCUCCUGCCCUCCCUCCCGAGGUGGCCACGGCGGAGGCCGCACGGCACAGGCCCUGGCGGCCCUGGUGGCCCUGGCCGAGGCCUUGGGGACACCGGACAGCGUCCCUGUGGCUCUGGCCGAGGCCGAGGCCGCACUGAGCCAGGCCCAGGGGGCCCUGAAGGGGCUGGAGGCAGCCCGGAGGCCGCGGUGGCCCCGGCGGUGGCCCUGGGGACCCUGGGGGACGAGGACGAGCAGCGGCUGCGGCGGCUCAGGACCAUGGCCGAGGCGGCGGCGGCGGCGCUGGGACGCGAGGAGGGCCGGCACGGCAGUGGCAGCGCUGGCUGCGGGCUGGGCACGGGGGUCACCAUGGGGCUGAUGGUGCUGUGCGCGGCCGUGCUGUCCCUGGACUCGGCCCGCAGUGCCCUGGGGGUGGCCGAGGACAGUCACCUGCUGCUGGCCCUGACGGUGGUGGCCGUGUCCUGCGAGGUGGCCUGGCGGGGCUUGGAGACAUCGCGGCGUCACCUGGCCACCGCCGCGGGCCACCAGCAGGACAUGGCCCUGCGCCUGCGGGACCGCGCCCGGCGGGUGGCGGCCACCAGGGCCAGCGCCGAGGCCACCGCGGCCACCAACGAGGCCACGGCGGAUGUGCUGGGGCGGCUGGAGGAGGCGACGCUGAACCUGGGGAAGUUGGUGGCCGCUGUCACCCGGGACAGGGAGGUGACGCCGUGGGGGACACGGAGACAGGGCUUCCCCAGCGCUGCCCGGGAGCUUGGGGACAUCGUGGUGGCCUUGGGGACAUCGGGGGAGGAGCAGGAGGUGGUACGGAGGCUGGAGGUGGCCCAGGGGGCGCUGGCGGGGCAGGGGUAGGGCCGGGGUGGGGA